AUGAUAGCCACCGGCAUAGUUGGCUUCACAUCAAUCACUACAAUUCUGUCCGUUAUUCUUAUCGGCUACCUUAUCGUCGACAUCAACAAUUUUUACGACGACGCCAUAGAGGAGUUGUCAGAUUUCAGAGAAAUGGCAAACUAUGCGUGGAAGGAGAUGCGACCUUGGUAUGUAUCGCGAAGAGAACGAAGGAGAGUUCUUUCUGGAAUGACAGGAUCAAUUGAAAAAGAAAAUGCAAUAAUUGAUUCAGCUCGUUCACGUCGUCAAUGGCCAGCACAUUGCAACUGUGGACCAGUAUCAAAGAACUGUCCACCCGGUCCGCCUGGUCCACCUGGGCCUAAAGGUCCAGAUGGAGAACCAGGUUUGCCCGGUCUUCCUGGACAACGCGGAGUUGACGGAAUUCAAAUAAGUUUCGGUGGUGGAGCCGGUGGAUGCAUCAAAUGUCCCAUGGGACCGCCUGGACCACCAGGACAGGACGGACCAAUGGGACCACCAGGACCACAA